UGCACAGGUCAUUCAUUGGGUGCAUCAAUGUCAUCAAUGACUGCAUUAUAUCUUAUAAAAAAGAAAAUAUUUCCGGCUAAAUUAGUCCGUCUUAUAACAUUCGGCGAACCAAGGACGGGUAAUGUGGCAUUUGCUCAAGCUGUUGAGGAAAAUGUCAAAUUUCGUUAUAGGGUAAUUCAUCGAGGUGAUCCAAUGACGAAUAUGCCUGCAACAAUAAAUCCAAUCGGAUUAUUAUUAUCAUCAACAGUUGCAGAACGACAACCGUAUUUUUAUCGUUAUUUAGUUUAUUACGAUAAUGAUAUGAACGAGGGUAGCACGUUCAGCGUAUGUACAUUAUCGGAAGAUGCCGGUUGUCGUAAUUUAGCUUUAGCAAAUAAUGCAUUAGAUCAUACAAAUUAUUUUGCUGUGAAUGCGGAAACGUAUUUGUCGAAGGGAUGCAAAGGUGAUUUGUUGAAAAUAAUUGGUAAUAGAACAAUAACAACAACAAAAACGACAGAAACAAUAACAACAACAACAGGAAAAACUGUUGCCACUACUGCUGGUAUAGUUGUAACUGAUUCUGGUACUACCAAUACUGCAACUGCUGAUGACGACACUAAUGCUAGUGAUGGUGAUAUUGCAACUACUGAUAGUGAUGCUGACACUUCUGGUACUAAAGAUGAUACUAUAAAUACUACUACUGAUAGUACUGCUAGUACUACACUCAAUGUUGCUUAUACUACCGCUACCGGCGUUAUCAUUGCAUCUGGUGCCGAUACUACUGAUGAUGAUGCUGAUGCUGAUACUGCUGAUGCUGAUACCACUGAUGCUGAUGUUGAUGUUGAUGUUGAUGUUGAUGUUGAUACCACUGAUGCUGAUGUUGAUACUGCUGAUACUAAUGCUGAUACUACUGAUGCUGAUACCGAUCCCAGUGAUGCUGAUACUGAUACUACUAUUGCUGAUUCUGAUUUUGAUACUACGGCUGAUGCCACUGUUACUGGUGAUGAUACUACUUCUACUGUUUCUGCUACUAAUACUACUGUCGUCACCAGUACUCCGAAAUGA